AUGAGUUGGUUUUGUUUGUUCUUCACUUUCCUUGGACUAUGUCUACCUAAUCAUGCGUCUACCAAACUUCUACCUCUCUACUCUUACGAAAAUUCCAUGUUUUUGCUUCUUCAUCCAAUCGAUGCAAAUUUUCUGAAACCAUUUGCGUCCUUGGCUGAUUAUUCUCUUAUUUCAGUGUACGAAAUGCUUAUGUAUUUAAACCAGAAGGAGUUAAUAAGUAAUCCACUGUAUAAAAGCUCUGAAUGUGUUAUCGAUGUGACUUCGAUCGUUUAUGGGAUCAUCCGAUCAAACGAAGAGGCAGUGAAAUGGUUGGAUGCUGCAGGUAAGAUUGUUCCCGGUGUUUCUGGUGGUGGUAUAAACUGGGUGGGAAGCAUGGAGUUGUGUCGAAAUAUCACAGAUUUUAGCUUUGGUCUGUCUCAGCAUGUUAAAGGAAAGUACUGUUCUGCAUAUGUGAAACUUCCCUCAUCGGAAGAUCUCCCUCAAAAAAUGUCAAUGGAAAUGAAUUACGGAGUAUGCAUACCGAACUCUUGUACGAAAGAUGAUAUGAUUUGGCUGCUUAAUUUGGGUUUGUUAAUUUUAACUAAUGUUUGUGCAGUAUUUUCCAAGGUUAAUUUAUCUGUAGAUGAAUCCACAAGUUUUUGUCAUGCAGAGUUCGGAGAACUACCCAAAGAUAGUUGGUUUUGGGUGGCAAUGAUAAUUAAUCCUAACUCGCCUAAUGAAACAUCUACAACCAGUGCAGCUCUUAUUAAUUAUGAAGGAAUCACUGAACAUGGAAAUAUAGCUGAACAAACUUCAUGUGAUCACUCCAACUCAUUUAAGUUAUCAUAUUUGGAAUAUAGAUCAGAUGUAUUGUCCAAGAUAAAUCUGUUUGUUCGAUUUAUUGCAACCUACUCUAUACCGUACAACACAUUGCGUCUAUGUUACUCUAAACGAAGCCAAGUUUUGAAUAAAUCAGAUCAGCCUUGUGGUCAUCCAUUACUUUGCUUAGAUGGUAUCCGAUUUCUAACUAUGGUCUGGAUAAUUUAUGGACAUUGUAUAAUGUUUAGCAUGUUUGCUGCAAAUAAUAUGCUAUUGUAUUCACAAACUCAUCAACCAAAAUGGACUUAUCAAGUAGUGAUUGGUGCAACUGUCUCAGUGGAUACAUUCUUUUUUAUGUCAGCUUUACUAUCUAGUUAUCUGACUAUUCCAAAGCUUCGACAAAUUCAUGGUUGGAAACAUUGGAUUAAGUUUUGGUGUCAUUUCGUGUUUCAUCGUACUUUACGGCUAACUCCAGCUUAUAUUUUAGUCUUAAUAUUAUAUGUUGGAUUAUUUAAUCAUGCUUAUGUUGGUCCAAUGUAUCCUCAAACUCCAAAUUUAAUGGAUUUAAAAUUUUGUCGUGAUCAUUGGUGGGUCACAUAUUUGAAUAAUUUUAUUUAUCCAGAAGAAACAUGUAUGGGAUGGUCAUGGUAUUUGUCAAAUGAAAUUCAAUUUUCAAUUAUUUUGGCGCCAAUAUUUUUAUCAUUAAUAACAUGGAAUGAAACUAUUGGUGUAUUAUUUAGUUUUGGACUUAUAAUUUCUAGUAUUGGAUCAACAUUUGGUAUAUCUUAUGCAAAUAAUUAUUUGCCUGGUGCAUUAUCACUUGAUUCAUUUACGGCUAUGUACAUAAAACCAUAUACACGUUGGAGUACUUAUGCUAUUGGUCUUUUAUUUGGCUGGUUCCUUGAAAAAUAUAUUCAUAUUUUGAAAAAUGUAAAUUUAAAAACAAAGUUUUUCAUUGGUUUAACUGGCCUAUGCCUAUCAUCAAUAUUCUGUGUAUCUACUGUCUAUGGAUUGUAUGGACUAUUAAGUGGAAAAGUUGAACCAUUCACAACAUUUGGAGCCGCAAUGUUUACAGCAAUUCAUCGACCUAUUUUUAUCUUUGGUGUUGCAAUCGUUGUUUCAAUGUGUGCUCUUGGUUGUGGUGGUCCGAUUCGUUCCAUACUCACAUUAUCUAUAUUCCGUGUUCCUGCACGAUUAACCUAUACAGCUUAUCUUGUACAUCCGAUUGUGAUACUAUUCAUUGCUUUAGGAAGUCAGAACCCAAUACUAUUGGAUGAUCUACAUUUGAUAGUUAUGUUCUUUGCAGUCUUACCAAUCACUUAUUUCUUCGGGUAUUUAGUCUCAUUGGCGACUGAAUCACCUGUUAUGGCGAUGACACAAGCUUUUGGACGAAGAAAGCAUUAGCAGUUAGUUGAUGAAGCUUCCUGUAUGAGGUCAUACAAUCAAUUGAUCAUGAAUAAAAUCUAGUCAAAUUAUGUUUCACUCAUUGUCUUUCCAGAGGUUUUGUUCAUUUCAAUACUUUAGUAAAGCUAUGAAUGUUGAAUAAUUU